AUGUUCGUACCUAUCGGUGAAUUAUUCUCACAGUUUAAUAGGGUGGGAUAUCUAGUCAGUGCAACUGUAAUCUGCAUAGAUUCCUUCUGUUUGAGUUCCCACAGGCCACAAAAGCAUGAAAAGAUGCCCAUGGCAAGCUUGAUGAUCAAGUUUUCCUUUAUCAUUAUUGAACUCGCCCUUAUAUUGGCCUUCCGUUACACGGAACAAAUCUCCUCCGUCCCACAAAACACAGCCGCGAUUCUUGAAUGGGUCAUUGCCUUCGCCUUUGCAGGUUACAUCCUGUCUUUUGUGAUUGAUUUGAUCCCUUCUGGUCCUAGGCUUCAUCCUUUCCUCUCCAGCUACAAGCAACUCGAGAUGAGUAUGGAUCUACCCAGGCUCUCGGUUUAA